AUGGACAAUGGUCAUUAUUUUGUCCUAAUGAAGCUCCAGGACUGGCAGAUUGCUGGGGUGAAGAAUUUGAGAAGCUUUAUAUUCAUUAUGAAAGAGAGGGCAAGUCAAAGAAGGGUUGUCCAAGCACAAAAAUUGUGGUUUGAGAUCCUGAAAUCCCAGAUAGAAACUGGGACCCCUUGCAUGUUAUUUAAGGAUACUUGCAAUAGAAAAAGCAACCAGCAAAAUCUUGGCACCAUUAAGUCUUCAAAUUUGUGUACUGAGAUAAUUGAGUACACAAGUCCAACAGAAACUGCUGUUUGCAAUCUGGCAUCUAUUGCACUACCAAGAUAUGUGAGGGAAAAGGUGGUUCCACUGGAGUCUCAUCCAUCAAGGCUUGUUGGUAGUAGAGGUUCCCAUAAUAGAUAUUUUGACUUUGACAAGCUGGCAGAGGUUACUGAGAUUGUUACAAGAAAUCUUAACAAAAUAAUUGAUGUAAAUUACUACCCAGUUGAAACUGCCAAAAGAUCAAACUUACGUCAUAGGCCUAUUGGUAUUGGAGUUCAGGGGCUUGCAGAUACUUUCAUCUUACUAGGCAUGACCUUUGAUUCACCUGAGGCUCAGCAACUGAACAAGGACAUAUUUGAGACCAUAUAUUAUCAUGCUCUAAAAGCUUCUUCUACUAUAGCUGAGAAAGAGGGAACCUAUGAGACAUAUAAUGGGAGUCCUGUGAGUAAGGGUAUUCUUCAGCCAGAUAUGUGGGGUGUUACUCCUUCAAAUCGGUGGGACUGGAAUGCUCUUAGGGACAGCAUAGCUAAGAAUGGAGUGAGAAAUUCACUUUUGGUAGCACCUAUGUCAACUGCUUCAACUAGCCAGAUCCUUGGAAACAAUGAAUGCUUUGAACCAUAUACUUCCAAUAUCUACAGCCGUAGAGUUCUGAGUGGGGAGUUUGUGGUGGUGAAUAAGCAUCUUCUUAAUGACUUAACCGAGAUGGGUCUUUGGACGCCUGUCAUUAAGAACAAGAUCAUACAUGCCGACGGUUCAGUUCAAAAUAUUCCAGAAAUACCUCAUGAACUGAAAGCAAUAUACAGGACUGUUUGGGAAAUCAAGCAAAAAACCUUGGUUGACAUGGCCGUCGAUCGGGGAUGCUACAUAGAUCAGAGCCAAAGUUUAAAUAUACAUAUGGACCAACCAAAGUUUAAAUAUGCCUGGUCCAAGGGUCUCAAGACAGGAAUGUAUUAUUUAAGAUCCCGUGCUGCAGCUGAUGCAAUUAAAUUCACCUGUUGAUACAUCAAUGCUUACGGAAAAGCCAAAAGUAGAAGAUGAUGAAACAAAAAUGGCACAAAUGGUAUGUUCCCUUACUAACCGAGAAGAGUGCAUGGCUUGUGGGAGUUAGGAGUGUAGUGGUUCCUUUUUGAAGCUUGCAAUAAAGGGAAUUUGGUGCUCAGGAUUUGGAUUUUUAUAAUCGUAGCAAUAUCUAAGUCACGUGAUUUCGUUGUGUAGCUUUAAUUUUGAUGUGU